CAUAUCCGGUCAGCCAUAAACUACAACCGCGCUCUCAAGCAAGACAUGAGUGCCAGCUAGCUAACCCAGUCUCUAAACCCAGUUUAGAGAACCUUCAGAAACAUUGUAAAGUAGUUUAAUUGGGUUACAGAAAUGAAUAUUACUUUUACCAAACAAAAUUACGUUAACAUUUAACUCUAAGACACAACCUGUUGAUUUCGGAAGUUAAAGCUUGCUGCAUGUCAGCUAGCAUCAUCAGCAGGCGCAAGUAUCCAUAACGUGUCAAACUUACUUUAUAGUUAAGUUUGUGUCUCAAAUAUUCUCUUGAUGACUUGGGUAAGUCAACUUGCAACCAAACAACACAACAAUGUCGAGCAAUUUAACGGCAGAGCAGCAGAGAAAGAUUGAGGAUAAUAGACAGAAAGCUUUAGUAAAGAGGGCUCUCAGACUUGCCCAGGCCAGCAGUAUCAACAGCCAGCAAUCACCGAAAAACGACAUCCCUAAUGCCGGUCAACAACAGCUCGGCACUGCUUCUGCUCCACUUGGUCCCCCAAACAAAAGAUGGACACCAUCUAGCUCAACGUUUCGACCAGCUCCACCUGAGUUACCCACACGCAGUGCCCCAGCCCAGAUAAACAACAAUCGACAAGUCGUCAAACCUAAUGAAUGUUUUUCUGGACAUAAUUCUCUCAACACCGCUACGAAACAGAUCAAAGUAAUAGAUCCACUUCCCAAUUCUAAAGCAAAACUACCAGGAAAAGAGUUUUCUAGCGGAGUCUCCUCGGGUUUGAAGCGACCCUUUGAGCAGAAAGUCAUCUCAAACCUUUCUGGAAGCACUGUAGGCGCCUUUUACAAACCAGGAAGUAAACCAGCUGUCCAAUGUGCAGUUGCACAGCCUUCCUCGAGUGCCGUCUGUAGUACUAAUGCCAUGACUACAAAGAAACCUGGCAUCACUGUGAGGGGGAAGUGUGUGUCACACUCGGAGGAGCGCUUUAGAGUGGAAGUGGGCUACAAUGCACAACUGAUUGCUCUUUUCAAAAACAUACCCUCCAAAAACUACGACCCGGGCACCAAAACGUGGAACUUCAGUCUCACAGACUACCGGCAGCUAAUGGAGGAGGCAGGGGCCAUCCCCUGUGUGUCCCUGAGGCCCCUGGAGGGGAUGGAGGGGCUGGACCUGGCCAACCCGGCCUCCUGCCGACCCCGGGACACGGCGGCGCUUGCAGCGAUGAUGAGGCUGUGCAGCGGCUGGCAGAAGCCUGGGGCCAGCAUGCAGGGCAGCUGUUGCCUGCUGUCACGCUCACGCUUCCAGGUGGACCUGGGCUACCACGUGGACGUCAUAGCUGCAUUCAAGCAGAUGCCCUCCAAGAACUAUGACAUGAAGACAAAAAAGUGGAGUUUUGCAUUGGAGGAUUAUAAAACGCUCAUGGACGCCCUGAGUGGGCUGGCUGCCGUGGAGGUGGAGCCUCUGCCCAGGGCGGUGAUCCAGGUCUUCUCUCACAGGCUGGAUGGCAGCCAGGCCGGGCCUGCAGAGGUCCCUGAGGCUGACCUGUCCAGCGUUGACAUUGCGCUGACCCACUGCCUCAUGCCUUUCCAGAGGGAGGGGGUCGACUUUGCCGUGGCCAAAGACGGCCGUCUGCUCCUGGCUGAUGACAUGGGUUUGGGGAAAACGGUGCAGGCCAUCUGCAUAGCGGCCUACUACCGGACUGAGUGGCCCCUGCUCGUGGUGACGCCCUCCUCUGUGCGCUUCACAUGGGCAGAGGCGUUCCAGCGCUGGCUCCCCUCAGUGAAGCCUGACAGCAUCAAUGUGGUGGUGACAGGAAAGGAUAACCUGCACUCAGGGCUGGUCAACAUUGUCAGCUACGACCUCCUCAGCAGGAUGGAUAAGCAGCUGCUGGCCAAACCUUUCAACGUGCUCAUCAUGGAUGAGUCCCACUUUCUCAAGAACAUGAAGACUGCCCGAUGCAAGGCUGCCCUACCUCUGCUGAAGGCCGCUAGGAGGGUGAUACUGCUGUCAGGGACCCCAGCCAUGUCCAGACCCUCAGAGCUGUACACCCAGAUCCUAGCCGUCAGACCCAGCCUCUUCCCUCGAUUCCAUGAGUUCGGGACACGCUACUGCAAUGCCAAACAGCUGCCCUGGGGCUGGGACUACUCCAGCUCCUCUAACCUGGGAGAGCUGCGUCUGCUGCUGGAGGAAUCACUGAUGUUGCGGCGCCUCAAGCCCCAGGUCCUCUCCCAGCUCCCUGCCAAGCAGCGCAAGGUCGUCACCGUGACUACCGAUGGGGUGAACGGACGCACCAAAGCCGCCCUUUCAGCUGCCGCCAAGGAGCUGGCCAAGCGCCAGAAUAACAAGAUGAAGGAGAAGGAGGCUCUCCUCGUCUUCUUCAACCACACAGCUGAGGCCAAGACUCGAGCCAUCAUGGAGUACAUCACCGACAUGCUGGAGUGCAGGGAGAAGUUCCUGGUGUUUGCUCAUCACAAGCUGGUAUUGGACAGCAUCACCAAAGAGUUGACUGAGAAGAACAUCAGCCACAUCCGUAUAGAUGGAUCCACCCCGUCGGCAGAUCGCCAGCUGCUGUGCGACAGGUUCCAGACGGCAGACGGGAGCUGCGUGGCUGUGUUAUCCAUCACAGCAGCCAACAUGGGCCUCACCCUCCACUCCGCUAACCUGGUGGUGUUUGCUGAGCUUUUCUGGAACCCUGGGGUGCUCAUUCAGGCGGAGGACAGAGUGCAUCGUAUUGGACAGACCAGCAACGUGGACAUUCACUAUCUCGUGGCCAGAGGAACUGCUGAUGACUACCUGUGGCCCAUGAUACAAGAGAAGAUGAAAAUCCUGGAGCAAGUAGGCCUUUCAGAAUCAAACCUUUCGGAAAACGCACUCAAUGCCAGCUUCCAUUCGAAGGAUCCGGAGCAGAGGAGGAUAACAGAGAUGUUCCAGAAGUCUUUCACUGAGCAGGAGGAGGACAUGGACGAGGCCCUCCUACUGGAGGUGGCUGACGCCUGGGAGGAUGGUGAACCUGGAAGUACCUCAGACCGUCAGGGAGACGGCAUCUGAGAGCUUAGGCAAGAAGAGACAGGUGGAGAACUAUUUCACAAGACGAUUGAAAAUGUUGCCCCAUGUAGACAUUUAAAAUAGUUGGUUUCCCAGAAAGAUUUCGCAGAAAGCAUAACUUAUGUGUCAUAAACUGCAUCAGUAAUGCACCUACAUAAUAUACAUAGAUAUAUUUGAAAUUAUGAUGAGUAUUUUAUGUCUUGUUUCAUAAUUGUAGUCCUGUAUUUUACAAUCAAACUAAAUAAAUAAAUAAAUAGGGUAAAAGUG